AUGGGCAGCAAAACCUUGCCCGCACCAGUGCCCAUCCACCCCUCCCUGCAGCUCACCAACUACUCCUUCCUCCAGGCAGUGAACGGCCUGCCCACCGUGCCCUCGGACCACCUGCCCAACCUGUACGGCUUCAGCGCGCUGCACGCCGUGCACCUGCACCAGUGGACGCUGGGCUACCCAGCCAUGCACCUGCCGCGCUCCUCUUUCUCCAAGGUGCCAGGAGCCGUGUCCAACUUGGUAGAUGCACGCUUCCAGCUGCCUGCCUUCCCCUGGUUCCCUCACGUCAUCCAGCCCAAGCCGGAGAUCACUGCUGCAGGUGGCCCCGUGGCGCUCAAGACCAAGCCUCGCUUUGAUUUUGCCAACCUGGCCUUGGCUGCCACUCAGGAAGAUCCGUCCAAGCUCGGCCGAGGGGAGGGUCCCGGCUCCCCCGCUGGUGGGCUGGGCGCCCUCCUGGAUGUGACCAAGCUGUCCCCAGAGAAGAAGCCCACGAGAGGACGCCUGCCCUCCAAGACCAAGAAGGAGUUUGUCUGCAAGUUCUGUGGCCGCCACUUCACCAAGUCCUACAACCUGCUAAUCCAUGAGCGGACGCACACGGACGAGCGGCCCUACACCUGUGACAUCUGCCACAAAGCCUUCCGGAGGCAAGACCACCUAAGAGACCACAGAUACAUCCACUCCAAAGAGAAGCCUUUCAAGUGUCAAGAGUGCGGCAAAGGCUUCUGCCAGUCCAGGACUCUCGCUGUCCACAAGACGCUGCACUCACAGGUGAAGGAGCUCAAAACCUCCAAGAUCAAAUGCUAA